GGGUCAAAGACACAUCCUCUAUCUCUUCCGUCUACGGUCUUUCCUUCCGAUACAUCAUCUGGUAUGAAAAGUAACGCUUCAAGCUCCAGUACCCGCGUCGAGGAUGCUGACGAAUCAUACGUCUCCGUCCGGACAAUGGAACUCAUCGAUGAUGAUAGCGACACAAGCAGCGACGGAUUUGGACGAAUUGUCCCAUAUGCGUUGUAUGAUAACAAUGAAGG